AUGGAAAGUUCAAGUUCCAAAGAUAUUGAAGAUAAAAAAACCACUACAGACACUGAAGAAGACAUUAAAACUGUUCAGUUGCUGACACGGGGCCUGCUAGAAUUGUAUGAACCUCCUCUAGCAACCAUAAACACACAUUUGAGAGAGUUAACUGAAAAGCAAGAGACUGUACAAGGAAUGAUAACAUCAGAAAGGAGGAAACUUGAGGAUUUACAAAAUGAUGCUAUGCUGGAUGCUUUACUAGCAGAUAUAGCUACUAACAGGGAAAAACUAACUUCAAUAUCAAAUUCGAUGAUGUCGCUACAUAAGAGAGUACAGUCUUUACAGAGCAGAGCUGCAAAUGUUGAGAAAGCAGCGAAACUAAGAUCAUCUAGUCCAAAACCUUCAACUAGCAGUUAGUGAUAUUAUUUACAUAGUAUAUAAUACAUAUGUAUAUAUUUCACAAUAUCUACUUAGUUUUGGUAUUUAUUAAGUAUGACAUUGGGACUAACCAACGAUGGAGUAAGUAGAUCAUACGAUACUCUUAUUAUUUGAAGUCAUUCCACAGUGUUUUAAGUCUGAGAAAAGCAUCUAUACCCGGCGAAGGUAUUCGAGAUCAAAAAUGCAAAUAAACUACUACUUUGACUAAGUGAUAUCUCAUAGAUCAUAAAAUUUGUUUCGGGUUCGUUUUAAUAAAUCAUUAAUUAAUAGACGUUCGACUCUUGAUAUUAAGAGUAAAUUAGUACGUUUAUUUAAUUUUUAUUAGGAAGUUUCAUUUAUAAUUGAGAAAUGCAUCAAAAAUCAUAUAAACAAAAAGGGCCGCCAAGAUUGUGUAUCAACGGAAAAUUGCCAAUAGGAUAAACAUAAAUAUAAUCUCAGUACAGAGUACUAAAGAAACCGACGUCAAAAGUACGUGGAAUCACAUUGUGAUUACCAAGUUUUAUUGAAAUAGGUUACCGGAAC